CAAACAUACAAAUACUAGAUAAAGCCCACAGCUCUUUUUCAGAACUGACCUGGCUGUCACACAUGACAGCUCAACGAAAGUGGCUUAUCACGUGGAAAUGUAUAGCAGCCAAAUCCUCUCAACUUCCCUAUCCGUCAACAUCACUCGCACGUGUUCCCCACGCCUCCCGCCUCCCGCCCCACAGGACCAGGUGGUGCAGGCUGCCCUGCAGGAGCCCCGGCUGCUGGUGCGCGUCGACGCGGAGGCCCCCGGGCGGGGCGGCGGGGCGGGCGCCACGGCCACGGCGCUGGGGCGGCUGCUGGCGCGUGGCCACGUGGCGCUCAUGGUCUCCACGCUCGUGUCGCUGCACGAGAGCGACGCGCUGAGCCUACCGGACAUCGAGGACCUGCUCGCGACUCUGGGGCCCGAGAGCGAGGAGCCGUGCGCCAGGGCGGAGAGGGAGGCCGUGCCGUCCAUCCUGCUCGACCUGUGGGAGCACCUGACGCUCGUGUGCACCAAGCCCGCCGUGAAGGCCCAGCUGCCGGAGAAGCUGGCGCGCGCCUACCUGCAGCGCAUCGCGUCCGGCGACACCCAGAGCCGGCCCGCGCUGCUCUCCGCCCAGGAGCUGAGGGAGCUCUCGAAGGCUCACUUUGGGAAGGUGUUCCCGUGGGUGGCGCUGGUGAUGAAGGAGGGAGGGCUGCAGAUGGACGACCAACGCACCCAGCACCUGGAGAAGCUGCAGGGGCUGCUGUGCGGCGGUGGCCUGCCCUCCGGCGCCACCGACGACCUCCUGAACGCCGCGCCGGCGUUGGGAGCGGCCGAGCCGAUCGUGCGGGCGCUGGCGCUGUGCCACGCCGGCAGCUACGGCCUGGUGCGCCGGCUGCUCAUGGAGAGCUGCCCCUCCGCCCUCGUGCCGUUCGCCAGCUACCACUUCCCGCACACCUCGCAGGUCUCCUUCUGGUCGGAGCUCCUGGUUGAGCUGUGCGCCUACGUGAAACAGAUCCCGGAGGAUGACCCUCACCUCGGCGACCUGGUCGAGGCCCUCAAAGGGGCCAUGGAGGGAGCGUCGCGCCGUCUCGAGCCGCUGGCCUUAAUGGAGCUGCUGCCCGACGAAGGCCAAGCGGCGUUCUUCCUGCCGUACCUCCUCAGCUGCUGCCGCACUCAUUACCAGGGCAGCUGAUGCCCUCCUCCCCCCGGAGAGAGGAAUAUAAAUCGCUCCACCCCCACCGACCCCGUGGCCUGCCGCAGCUCGACCCUCGAUGCGACUCGAGCCAGCACGUCGCCCGGAACGCGCCCCCCGAUCUCGUCUGACCUCAGAAGCCCCAAGCACCAUUUCGAGCCUGGAUUUGUUGUGAUCUGAUGGGUGAGCGUCGGAGCUUGCCCAGGUGGUUGCUGUGUAGGCUUAGGCCUGCAAGGUGUGCGAGUCUGAUGCCCUGGGUUCUUUGCUCUUCUCUCACACAUGGAGCCCAAUCAUGAAUUGCUUCCCUGGCCAAACAUGCACAUUCAGGGAGUAUGGAGGCUGGGUUAGGCUUUCAUGGAAUGUAUUGGUCUUUUUUAAGUUUAACUUUUUUAUCGCUGUAGUGUAGGUAUCUUUACGAGGAGGGCUGAAUGCCACAUGUUGGGACCACGUCUACCCCUGCAAAAGGUCCUCAACGACUCAACCGAUUUGAUGAUUUGAUAAAUUGGCAACUAUAUAUUUUAUUAUUUAUGUUUUAUACUCGCUCCAUGGCUGUAGGAAUCAUAUGCAUCCAUAGCAGGACAACAAGAUGUAGUCCAUGGAAAAUACUCGGUGCUCGCAAUCGGUCACGUGCGCCGUUAGUGUAACGAUCGAUUUAGGUCGACUGAUCGUAUCGAUCGGCCCGUUACGCGCCAAAACCCGCUGCCUCGAUGAAUGUCACGGAUUUCCGCGAGUAGAGAACUUUUAACGUCCCUGCUCAUAGCCUGGCGCUGCGUGACGCGGAAAGAACCUCUCAAUCAUCGUCAUCAUUUACUGUUUAAUACCGCUGCUCCUGUACGUCGCGUCUCAAGGCACCGGAUGCGCGCCGUCGCAAGCGGCUUCGCCGGCGUCGAGACCACACGGAGGAGUUCGGAUCUCCUCGGUGCGACGCUGAGCUAGAGACGGCGGAUGUCGGGUCGAUCCAUCCUCGCGGUGCGCGUUUGUGAACGCGUCGCCUCGGAAUACCCGUUGACAUCCACGCCGGGAUUUGGGAACCCGCCGGCGUAAUCUCUCCUCAUUCUGUCGCUCCCGCUCGCUCGCUCGCCCCCUCUACACGGGGGGGGGGGGAGCGCUUCUCCGCGUGUUCGGCAUGCAAUCCGGCAUGACUGCACGCGGAGUGGCGCUGACUGUAGACCAACGUGGCUCCCGAGCGGAUGAGGAGUGGUGGUGGCGCGUGCGGCCUCGCGAAAGCGCCUCCAUCAGCAUCGUCGUCGGCCAUGGUCCACCGCCGUUGCCAUUCUUCGUCGUCGGCCAUGGUCCACCGCCGCAAUCCGUCCGGCUCCCGUGCGCGCGUGCACGAGCCGGCCUCGCAGCUCCAUCUCCAUGGCGGCCGCCCUCUGGGGCCCAUUCUCAGUCUCGUACUCUGAACAUCGUACCCCCCUAGCGAUGCGUCCUGCACAGGGCCCGCUCGAUCCUCGUCGACGGCCGAUGCGACCCGUCUCCGAUCCGCGCGCGUUCACCGAUCAGUGGGCGUUGCUCUCGCCGUCUCCCCGGUGGCUGGAUAACGCAGCGUUGGUUUGGGGGAGCGGUCGUUAGUUCACGGUGAAGCUUACCAGACUUAUUGCGAUUAAACAAAAGUCGUGAUUCUUACAGAUUGCAAUUUCUGGGUAUAUUAAUCCCUCGUUAGGGGGGAGGGGGGGGGGCAGGGGUAAAUACAGUCCCGUAUUAAAUGUCAUUGUAAUUGCACCCAAGGUAAUCUCUAAUUUAGUCGAACCUAAUUCCGCUUCCCCCGAGGUUAAGACAGGAGUGUAAUUAUUUAAUGGCAGAUUGUGCCACGCGGUUUUAUUUAGUCGUGUAAACACAAACCUGCGCAGACAUUUCAAUGCUGUUGCGCUUGGAAGAAGCGGCUGCAGUGCCGUGGUUUAUAUCGGCGCGCACUGGGCCUGCAGUCCAGAAUAUUGUCGGUUCAAUCUCCGGUCGCGGCAGCUGAAACGAUGACGCGAUUCCCGUAGGUUAACAUGCGGUGGGGUAAAGCGUGGGUACCCCCACGCGUUCUGAGACAUAAGCCCUCUAGUGGAGGCUCUUCCAACAGCAGUGGCGUGAGCAAGCAGUUGCCUUUUUACCCAUCAGCCCCUUGGUGUCGCUACGGCAGUGUGCACCGGAAUGCCUUCGUAACACAACGUGUGCCUGGAAUUUGUAAAUUUGCACUGCGUAAUUUAACGAUCCUUAACUUCGUUUAAUUUGCUGUAAUUGUGCCAAUGUCAUAGUUUGUACAGUAAUCGUAACUUGCAGCUUGCCUCUUAUUCAAAUGAAUUGUUUACCAUGAACGUAAUUAAGAGACGCGAAAUAUGACAGCGAUUGAGCAUUUCGCUUUGCUUUUAGCAUUUCUAGUUCAAUGAAAUCUCCUCACAAAAUAUGUUUUUUUAUUAAUUUGUUGUCUUCACUUUGCCGUGAAGAUGUUCUCACCCGAGAUGACGACCGCGUGACGACGUCGCGGUGUGACGUCACAGCACGGCGGUGUGACGUCACCGCACGGCGGUGCGACGUCACAGCACGGCGGUGCGACGUUCGUUACACUCCGAGUUAUAUUUCCACGUUGUUUACGAUGCAAAAUCUGACGGGCAUUGUUUGGGACGGAGCGUCCGCCCGGAAGAGCCGCGUGAGUUUUCCGGGACUUUAUUUUUCAGCACGGGUUGAUUGUGUUUUGAUGUGAAGAGCUGAUUCGUGGGGAGCCCUUUUAAAAUAAAUUAUGUUGACUCGUUUUAAAGAAAUAAUUUUAUUGUUGAUCCGUCCAAUUAAGGUGUCCGCCUAUUUUUAAGUUUGGUUAUAGCGGGAAUUGAUACAACGUAGCGGUGGAAUAACCCAGCGCCAAUUGUGAUUAUGGCGUUAAUACGUCAAUCGUUUCGCGAAUCGGUUCCAUUUUUAUUUUAACAGCAGCUUGAUAUGAUGAUAACGUUGCAUUUGGUGAACUUAUUUAAAUCCGAAUCGCAUUGUCACCGGUGUAUUGUGUGUGUGUGUUUUUUUUUUACAUUGUCGCGAAUGUAAAAACCUCUACGCGGCUUCAAGGGGUACAUGGAGGAAACCCUUUCACGUACAAAAUAUAAACAGUCGCAACGUCGACUGGGACGCACACGCGACCCGAUGCUCGUAUUGUGAGCCGAAAGAGUCCGUGUUCGUCUGCCCCCGCUCCGUGCCGCUUGCGAGGGAUGGUUACAUGACGAUGACAUUGCAACGUUUAUCGCUGGCAGUGUCCGCGAGACCGAUCGUGUGAGUGCCCAGUUCCUAAUCGUGACGUGACAGACGCACACUACGAAUAGUGUAACUUAAGUGCUGUAUUAUUAUUUUUUUAAAGCAAAGUGCAAUCUGUAACCAUCUAGUUCGGGUACUUGAUGAAUGUAAAACUCUCCCCCUCCCUUAAAUAUGAAUUAAAAUUGUGUUUUUUUAAUAAGUACA